GGCGAAAAAUCUACGAAUCAGCUUUUACUGAGUUGUACAACAAAAAUGGAUGGAUCAAAGCAUCCAUCGAUGUUUCAGAAGCUACAUGGACAAUCUUCUUUUAUUAAUAGACUUUCUCCGAGUGUGCAAACUCGUGAUUACGGUGUCUCUGGUGCUUAUGUCAAUGGAGGUUUGCAGAGUCUAUUGCAGUCGACUAACCAUGGCAUUGGCUCUUCUCUUAUACCGCAUGGUUCAUUUCCUGUAUUAGCUCAAGCUCCUAGUGAGAAAACUGGUACUGGUUUCUUGAUCGAUUUCCUUAUGGGGGGAGUCUCAGCUGCUGUUUCAAAGACGGCAGCAGCGCCUAUAGAGCGUGUGAAGCUCUUGAUUCAGAAUCAAGAUGAAAUGAUCAAAGCUGGGCGUCUCUCUGAGCCAUAUAAAGGAAUCAGUGAUUGUUUUGCUCGAACAGUCAAAGAUGAAGGAGUGGUUGCUCUUUGGAGAGGAAACACUGCCAAUGUUAUCAGAUACUUCCCCACUCAGGCUUUAAACUUUGCGUUCAAAGAUUACUUCAAGAGGCUGUUUAACUUCAAGAAAGACAAAGAUGGCUACUGGAAGUGGUUUGCUGGGAACCUGGCGUCUGGUGGUGCAGCUGGUGCAUCAUCUCUGCUUUUUGUGUACUCUUUGGAUUACGCUCGUACCCGUUUGGCCAAUGAUGCAAAGGCGGCCAAGAAAGGUGGUCAGCGGCAGUUUAAUGGCAUGGUCGACGUGUACAAGAAGACUAUAGCCUCUGAUGGCAUCGUCGGGCUUUACCGUGGUUUCAACAUCUCAUGUGUUGGAAUUGUCGUGUACCGUGGGCUUUACUUUGGAUUGUAUGAUUCCUUGAAGCCUGUGGUUCUAGUUGAUGGUCUCCAGGAUAGCUUCCUUGCGAGUUUCUUGCUGGGAUGGGGAAUCACCAUUGGAGCUGGCCUGGCGUCUUACCCAAUUGACACGGUGCGUAGAAGAAUGAUGAUGACGUCAGGUGAAGCAGUGAAGUACAAGAGCUCUCUUCAGGCCUUCUCUCAGAUCGUCAAGAACGAAGGGGCCAAGUCACUCUUCAAGGGUGCAGGUGCCAACAUCCUCCGUGCCGUUGCAGGCGCUGGUGUACUCGCCGGCUAUGACAAACUUCAGCUCAUUGUGUUGGGCAAGAAGUAUGGCUCUGGUGGUGGCUAAACUAUGAGGAUGAUGAAAGAAUAGCCCUUGAGGUCUGUGAAUGAAUAAAGCAAGUGUGUCCGUUGGUAUAAAUGUUGCUUUUAGAAUAUUGAGUGUCUUUUGGCCCUUUCUCUUUAGUUCUAUGACUUUUCUUGACAAAAGAAUAAAUACAAAGAAAACCACUGUACAAACACGAAUACCAUGUUUAUGUCUUUUGUAGUUAAAAAGGAAUAAAAAACAGUUUUAGUU